AUGGCGUCAGUAUACGAGUCGGUGGGAGCGUCAGCAGAGGACUCGGAGUCAGAGAGGUUGAAAGUGAGGAGGAGGGGAAGAAUGAGCGAGGCGGAAGCGAAGCUGAGGAAUAACCUGAGGAAACGUAGAGUGGCAGCGUUGGCAGGGGGGGAAAAGGAUAGGAAAAGGGAGAGAGAAAGAAAGGAAGAGGAGAAGAGGACGGCAGAGGAUAGUGAGAAGAGGAUGAGAAGCUCGGAUUCGGAGGAUUCUUCAGGUAGAGGGAAUAGAAGCAAGAUAAGGAAGAAAGGGCAAGAGAGUGCAAUAGAAAUGCUGGUAAGGACAAUGGAGUCUUUCAGAUUGGAAACGUUUGAAAGGCUGAAGGAAGUGAAAGAGGACAGUGGGGCGACGAGGGAGGAGGUUAAGAAGGUUAAGGAGAGCAUAGAGAAGUGGGAGGAAAAGUGGGGUGAGGAAAAGAAGAAAAUAUGGGAGAAGAUGGGCGACAUGGAGAAACAGUCACUGGAAUCGGAGAAGGAGAGAAGGAAGGCUGAGGAAGAGAAUGCUAGGAGGAUGGUAGAGUUGGAAAAGAAAAGCGAGAAGAUAGAUCAGCUAGAGAAAGCAGUAGGGGAGUUAAAGGCACGAGGAAGCAAGGAUGAGGGGGGUACCGGGGGGAGAACAAGCGAAUCCACAGGUAGAAGAAAGGGUAAGGGUGUUGGAAAUAAGGGAGAAGAAGCUAGAGAGGGAGAGAAGAAAAAAGAAUUUGAUAAUCAGGAAAAUAAUGGUGGGAGAGGGGAACGUGAGGAGGGAGGUGUAGGAGCUAAUCGAGAAUGUACUGGAGGUAGAGGCAAAUAUAAAGUGGGUACGCAAAAUUGGGGGAACGGAUAG